AUGGCAACCAUACUUGAAUCUUUUGUCGGAUCAUGCGCGAAGAAGUUGCAAGAUAUUGUUACAGAGGAGGCCAUACUAAUUUUAGGUGUUAAAGAAGAGCUCAUAGAGCUGAAGAGAAGAAUGGAGCAAAUAUGGUACUUUCUUAAUGAUGCAGAGAAAAGGGGCAUAAAAGAAUCUGCUGUUAACAAUUGGCUUGGUCAGCUAAGAGAUGCUAUGUAUGAUGCUGAUGAUAUCAUUGACUUGGCCAAAUCCAAAGGAAGCAAGCUAUUGCCAGGCCAUUCUUCAUUAGUAUCAAGCAGUUCAAAUACAUAUUCGGUAAUCUACCGUGAUGAUAUUGUAAGAAUGUGGGUCGCUGAAGGCUUUAUAGAUGAGCAAGAUGACCGAGUCCUUGAAGAUAUAGCAGAAGAAUACUACUAUGAGCUGAUCUAUCGAAAUCUCCUCCAACCAGAUUAUUACUAUUCUGUUGACCUUACUCAAUGUAGAAUGCAUGAUCUACUAAGGCAGCUUGCUUGUCAUUUAUCCAGAGAAGAACUUUUUGUUGGUGAUCCAGAUUCAGCAGGGGUUACUGUUAUGAGUAAAUUCCGCCGUAUUUCAGCAGUCACUAUGAAUGAUAUGGUUGUGUUACCUAGAACAGAUAAGGGGAAAUGUAAAGUGAGAACUUGGAGAACAUCUGAUACAAAGUCUUUGAGAGUGGAUGAUACAAUAUUUGAAAGAUUACCAUGCAUUCGAGUUUUGGAUUUGACAGGUUCACAGAUACAAGUUGUUCCACCUUGCAUUGGACGUUUGAUCCACCUACGGUUACUAGACCUUGAUGGGACUGACAUAUCUUCUCUUCCAGAGUCCAUCUGUUGUCUCAUAAACCUUCAGAUAUUGAAUUUGCAGGGGUGUGAUUCUUUGCAUAGUCUUCCCUCAGGAAUAACUCAGCUAUGCAACUUAAGGCGAUUUGGCCUAGACGAUACACCAAUAAAUGAGGUUCCAGAAGGUAUUGGCAGAUUAAUUUCUCUCAACGAUUUACAAGGCUUUCCUGUUGGUGACGGCUCUUAUAACAAUUCUGUAAUGCAAGAUGGAUGGAAUAUAGAAGAAUUGGAUCCCCUUUGGCAGUUGAGGAGGCUUGAUAUGAUCAAACUGGAAAGAGCAGUUCCUCCUAGUAGUGCUGCCCAUUUGCCUUCACUGACAUACUUGAAGCUCAUAGAUUGCAAAUCAUGUGUUCAUCUUCCACCAAUCGGUCAGCUCCCCAACUUGAAAUAUCUGAAAAUCAAAGGAACCACUGCAGUCACCAUGAUUGGACCCGAAUUUGUUGGCUCUGGGAUGGGUAAUCUCAGAUCUACAGAGGCAGUAGCUUUUCCCAAGCUUGAAACAUUGGUCAUCAUGGAUAUGCCCAACUGGGAGGAGUGGUCCUUUGUUGCUGAAGAAAAACAAGAAGCAACAACAGCAUUCACGGAAGGAGCAGAGGAUAAGGCUGCUGCAAAUCAAAAGUGGGAUGCCCCACCUCCAAGGAUACAGCUGCUGCCACGAUUGAAGCGGUUGGACCUGGUCCGCUGCCCCAAGCUGAGGGCUCUCCCAGAGCAGUUUGGACAGGAGGCCACCAGCUUGAAGGAGCUCUAUUUAAGAAAAGUGCACAGCCUUAAGGUGGUGGAGGACAUCUGUUUCCUCUCAGAGGUCCUUUUAAUAUCAGAUUGCGAAGUCCUAGAGAGGGUCUCAAGUCUUCCGCGCGUGAGAGAGCUGCGGGUAACUCGCUGUCCAAAUUUAAGGCGGGUCGAGGAGUUGGGUAGUCUUGAGCAGCUGUGGCUGGACAUGGAUAUGCAGGACCUGUCCUCACUGUGGGUGCCAGGGCUCAAACACGGACGCCAAAAAUGCCCUGGCGAAGACCUCAGAAGUGUUCACAUGGCCUAG